AUGGCGUCCUCCCUCGCAGCCCAGCUGCAGCGGAUCACGGCCACCUCCACCAACACACUCAACACGCAAAAGCUCAAGCAGCUCCACUCGGCCUCACUUCUCUUCCCCGAGGCGCACGCGGCGACGCAGGACCUCGACACAAUCUUCUCCAUCGCGGCCGAGGGCUUCCGCGAGCUGUGCCAGCUGGACGAGCGCUUCGUUGCGCACGAGCGCGGGCUGUUCAGCGAGAGCAGCAAGGGCGUGGACCGCUUCCUGCUACCGCGCAAUGAGGUGGACGAGCUGGAUAAGAGCAUUGAGGCCUUCCUACAGCUCGUGAGUGGAAAACUACUGCUAAGGCCGUCGUUGAAGGCCGUGGAAUGGCUUGUGAGACGCUUUAGAGUGCAAGAACAAAACACCGCCGCGAUCCUCCUCUGCUUCCUCCCGUACCACGCACACCCCACCCUCCUCCCCACCCUCCUCGGCAUCAUCCCCGCCAAAUCUCUCCCGCGCGAAUUCGGCUUCCUGGCGCCCUACCUCUCCCCCGCGUCCCCCGUGCCCCGCCACGUCGUCACCCACGCGCUCUCCCACCGCCGCGACUUCUUCACCCUCCUCAGCGCCCACGUCACCACCGCAACACGCACCCGCCGCGACAGCCACGCCCUGCACUCCUUCUUCUCCACCGUCGCCACAGAGUCCGUCUCGCUCAUGUGCGACGCCACGCGCAAAGCCGGCGCCAUGUCCGAGCAGGACGUGCUGCACCUGGCAAUGCCCAUCCUUGAAGAAGCAUACCAGGCGCGCAAGGCCCCGGAGUUCCAGAUCGGCGCAUACAUGCUGACGACCGUCGUCGUGGCCAAGCUGUCGCUGUCGGGCCAGCUGCUGCUGGCGCUGAUGCAGAGCAUUGUGAAGGGGUGGAGCAAGGACACUGUCAGUGCGGGUCUGGCGUGCCUGGCGUUUUUGGCGCAGGCGCGCCAGGGCGAGAAGGAGGUGAGGGUGUCGGACGAGGUUGUGAAGGGACUGGUGAAGAUUGAGGAUAUUGCGGAGAGACUGCUCACCAUGGGCGAGAAGUAUCGGGUUGAUAAACUCGUUGUUGGACUAUGCUUGGGCGCCUUGGAUAAGGUGGGGCGCAAGUACGGGCUCAGGGAGCUAACCAUUGUGGUCAAGCUGCUGGAAGAGGCGCGCAUGGGACCUAAGCAGCGCAGACUCGUAAUGAAGAAACUCGUGGACUCCGCGCAGAAGGUCGGCGAGGGCAGGACAGCAGUAGAGACAGAGGAGGGCAGCAACGCGCUCGAAGACGUAAAGGAGAAGCUCGCAUCCUCCCUUGUGCGCUGGACUGGCCUGGGCGAGAAGAAGAAGAUGGGCAAGCUGGUCAAGGAGAUCCUCGAGACCGAGUCUGUAGAUAUUGAGCUUCUAGAGCUCAGGCUCCAGACCGUCAUCCGCCCCGCCAUCAUGCCCGCUGCGGAGCCCAAGGCGUUGAAGGCAAUUGAAGCGCCACCAGCACAAGCCGAGACGUUUGAGGAGCUCCUUGCUGCAAUUCCAGCUGCCGUGGAAGGCGACUCCUUCUUGGCGCCUACUACCCCAGGUGUCUUGGAAAGACUCGGCCAGGCGUUCAUAACCGCUAUCACCACGUCCCAAUCGUUCGCGCCAGCCCUCCAGCUCCCAAUCUUCAAAAGCAAGCCAGUGGACCACGCAUUCGCGCUAUCAUUCCUCGUCAAGAUCUGGACCUCGCUGCGAUACCCCGCGUUGGCGCGGACCACGGCACUGCACGAGUGCACUAGCUACAUCAAGACCAUCGGCGAGCGAGUCGACUUUCAGGCUCUGUUCCCGCACAUCCUCGUUGCGCUCGCAGACCCGUCCAUCAACGUCCGCCGCGAAGCCGCAACCCUCGCGCGGGUGCUCAAUGAGCGCUAUGUGGCCCUCGGGGGCGAGCUGGGUAAGAAAAAGAAGAGGAGAAAGUCCGAAGCCGCCGCGGAGGGGCCCAUCAAGUACUGGGCGCUCGACUCUAUCUACGGCACCGGCAAGGAGACGGAAGAAGUCAAAUGGCUCGAGACCGCAGAGGCACGCAAGUUCAUCGAGGCAGUCAUCAUGAGCAACCUUGAGGAGUGUGUUCUCGACUCCCACGUCAUUGGCCGUUCAGUCGAGAACGUGCUAGGCACCGCUACAGAGUCGAAUGUGAAGUCCAGCUUGAAGACCAGCAUGAUGUCGUUCUUGAGCAGCCACACAGUCAAUAUGCCUGCGCUGCUUCCCAAGCUGCGUCUACUCACCAUGCUGAACCGCGUGGAGAAGGCGCCGACGUCACGGACUGAGUUCCUCGCACCUGUGCUAGAGAGCUGGGUGGAUGUGUUGGACUACCAGACCCGCGUCGCCCAGUGCGCCGAGGAGCGUGUGGACAUCGUCAGUCUCGAAGAGCAGCUCGUCAGUGUCGUCUCCGAAGGCGGCGACGCUGAAGGUGCUGCCGUCCUCGUCCACAUCAUUGAGAAGGGAUUCAGCCCCACCCUCAGAAUUGCAGCCGCCGCACGCAUCACAAAGAUCUGGAACACCCUCGACGACGAGACCAAGACCGGUGCUGCCGAGAAGCUUCUUGAGAUUACAUUGAGUGGUGAGGACGUGGGAGAGGCGCAUCAGGUGCUGAGGGAUGUCACAAUCUCUACUGAGGUGUUUUCCCGAUUCCUGGACGAGUCCAGAGCAGAGCUGAAGGCAGCACUGCCGGGCAGCGCAGUUGCAAACAAUAAGAGGCAAAAGAUGACUGCCGUCGUCACCGCCGGCGCCGACAACGAGGUUGACCAGGCGGUAGCAUUGCGGAGGGUCACAGUCGUCGCAGAACUAAUCGAAGGCCAGAGCCCCGAGAAGCACGCAGAGCUUCUGAAGCAGCUCUUUGGCGUUCUAGCAGACGUCGGCAGCGUCGAAUACGCUGGUAUUGCUUACCUCCACGGCGUGCUCCUCUCGUGCAUGAGCGCCAUCAUCAGGAGCUUCAAGGGCACCAAAUCCAUCAACCUCGACAGCACCGUCCGCGCCGACGUGCUCGUCAACUGCAUCCGCUCGACGUCCAGCCCGCAGGUACAGAACAGCGCACUGCUCCUCCUCGCCAGUCUGGCCGACGUGGCGCCGGACGUCGUCAAACACAGUGUCAUGCCCAUCUUCACUUUCAUGGGCGCCAACACGCUCCGCCAGGACGACGAGUACUCGGCCCAUGUCAUCGAGCAGACGAUCAAGCGUGUCAUCCCACCGCUCGUCAAGUCGCUCCAGGAGCAGGGCGGGAACCCGGUCGUGGGUGCGGCGGAGCUGAUCUCGACGUUUGUGGCGAGCUACAAGCAUAUCCCCGUGCACAGGAGGGUCCGGCUAUUUAUUGCGCUGGCGGAGACACUGGGCGUGGACGAGUUCCUGUUUACGCUGCUGGCGAAGCUGGCGGAGAAGUAUAGGGUCAAUGUUGGUGGCCAGGUCAAGACGGACGAUGGAAAUAUCAGCGAGUUCUGCACAAUGCUGGCGGGCAGCUUCAGUGCUGAGACACAGCUGCUCAACGUCGUCAAGUAUCUAGAUGUAAUCUUAGACGUCGUAGAGCCCUCAGGCAAUGGCCUUGCAAAGCACAUCUUUGAGGAAUCAAACGAGACCCCCAUCGACCUCGCAGGCAGAUUGCUCCAGGUUCUCGCCGCCGUGCUGAAGAACGACUCCCUCCGCGUCCGUGCUUCCCGCGUGCUCAAGACCGAAGCCACCGACCCCACAAAGCUCAAAGCCUCCUUCUCCAAUGCCCUCGAAAAGUCGCUCUCCCUCGCCGAGCGAUUUGAAAACACCGAAAUCGGCACCGAUAUCGCCAGCGUUCUCUCACACCUCCUCGACCUCCUUUCCACGCCUCAGUUCGUCACCGUCGUCGAAACACUCCUCGGCCGGCCAUCCUCUCAGCUCCGCCGCAGUGCUCUCAAGACCUUCACCGACCGCGUGACUGCCGACCCCCGCACUAGCACAACCUCCCGUGCUGCCGUCAUGUCGCUGAUGCCCAAGAUCGCCUUGAUCAUUGCGAGCGCCUCUGCCCCCAACGAGCUCAAGGCAGACGCUUUGUCCUGCAUCGACACUGUCACGCUCAAGUACGGCAAGUAUGACGUCGCUGCUGUCGCUGCCCUCACUGACGCAGUCACCGGUGAGGGCGGUCUUAAGAGCCCUGACGUUGGGCUCCGCGUCCUCUCUUUGAUUUCCUUAACAUCGAUGACCUCCUGCCUUGGGGGCCGUAUCAUACCCUUCCUCCCCAAGACCGUUCCGUUUGCGCUUGAGCAGCUCGAGGAGAGCACCAGUGCCGCCCACCAGAGCGAGAUGAUCCACAACGCAGUUCUUGCUUUCCUGGACGAGCUUGUCAAGGUGGUGCCGUCCUUCAUGGUCAGCUACCUGACACGGAUCCUGCAGCUCGUCUACAAGUCUGCCUCCUCCGCCGAAUUCGAGGGCGAGGCCGCCUUGGGCAUCAGGACCGACCUGAUGAAGAGCGUCGCCACCACUCUAGACUCCAAGACCGUGCUCUCCGCCAUUCUGAAGACAUGGCCCGCCGCGCUGGCCGACGAGACGUUGGAUGUGGAUGUUGUGCUGGUGGCCGUCGAGGACAUCAUUGACGGUGCCACCAAGGCGGGCGUACAGAAGAUGCAUGCGAGUCUUCUGCAGUUCUUGCUGCUGGCAUUUGAUCUGCGGCGCAGCGGGAUGUUUGGGGACGAGGAUGUUGAGCACUUUGAGGAGCACGGGAUGGCCGUGGCGUUGAAGAUGGUUUAUAAGCUCAACGACACCAUCUUUAAGCCCAUGUUCUUGCGCAUAUUGGAGUGGGCGGAGGAGCUUGGUAAGAGUGAUCCCGAGGGCAGAAACAAGCGCUUGACGGUGUUCUGGAAGUUUGUAAAUACGUUGUCUGAGAACCUCAAGUCCCUCGUCACCGAUUACUACAGCUACGUCCUGCCCAACGCCGUUGAAAUCACCAGCGACCCCGCCUCCGCUACCGAAGCUGCCACCCUCUGGUCCACAGUCAUCACCGCCCUUCACACCGGCUUCACCACCGACGAGCGCGACUUCUGGCAGUCGCCUAACCACUUUGACGCCAUUGCUCCUGCACUCCUGUCCACACUCAAUGAGCACACCAGCACGCUGCUCACGCCCGCCAUCGUCGAGCUCGCGCACGCCGCGCAGUCCGAGGAGCACUUCAAGCUCAUCAACACGCGCGUCCUGGCGUUAAUGCGGUCCGAGGAAGCAGCUGUUAGGCUGGCGGCGGUGGAGACGCUGACGGCGCUGUAUGCAAAGCUGGGAGAGGAUUGGCUGCCGCUGCUGCCGGAGAGUGUGCCGGUGAUAGCGGAACUGAUGGAGGAUGAUGAGGAGGAGGUCGAGAGGGCGGUGCAGAGGUUGGUGGUUAAGGUGGAGGAGUUCUUAGGACAUGGGGAGUUGGAGGCAAUGUUGCAGUAG